CUGUUCCACACAACACGCCCAAAUAACCUCGAUGACUGGGUCCGAAAACGCCGUGGCCAUCGCAUAAGACAGAACUAUUCCUGGAUUCUCGAAGAUAGGCGCCUGUCCCAGUAUUCUUCGGUUAAACAGGAAAGGCCACCACCAGGCGCCGACAGGAUGAAGUCGUUUAUCCAAUUUGUUACGGCCCCAACCUCCGACACGCCUGGUACCACCCUCUUCCUCCACUACGAUGAUAAGCGGUACUUUUUUGGGAAUCUGUCUGAAGGUACGCAGCGAGCCUGCAUAGAGAAUAAUGUCCGGUUGUCGAAGCUUUCGGAGGUUUUCUUGACUGGAAAGACCACUUGGGCUGGCAAUGGGGGGAUGCUGGGUAUGCUUCUGACGUUAUCGGAUACAAUGGCAUCUGCAUCGGGUGCCAUGGUGGAGGCCGAGUCGCGGAAGAUCAAGAACCUUGAAGAACGCGCAAAGGCAGCGGUGCGCCAGAGGGAUGCUGAUGAACUGAUGGAGCGGGUAAAACGGCGCAAGUUAGAACUGGAAGCGCUGCCUGAGUUCCAUGGCCAGCGGCCGAUAUCUCUAUAUGGUGGGCCUAACCUGACCCAUACCUUAGCCACUGGAAGGACAUUUAUCUGCAGGACAGGUGUCCCGAUCGAGAUUCGCGAAUUCGGCAGCCAUGGUUGUGAAGAGCGGGAUGCAACCAUUGACCUCACGAAGCCAGCUUGGUCAGACGAUCAUAUUAAAGUCUGGGCCUUACCUGUAUACCCAUCUACCUCCCCCAGACUACAGCCAGGAAAGAGGACUUUGGACGACUUUGAAGGAGGGGAGGGAGCUGCAGCUACAAAAUCUGCUAGAGAGAAGGAUCUAGUAACCAGGCAGAAAAUUGUCCUGGACAUGUUCAACUCUCAAUGGCGUCUAGAUACGCUAGUUGAGACGCCUCUAGCGGAAGUGUCUCUUCCAGCUACGCUCUUUAUUCGUGAUAAAGACACAGGGGAGGUAAAGCCUUAUGAAGGGCCAAAGCCUGGUGAUGGAGAAGCUCUGCCGAACAUCAAUGUUCUUGUCCGACAGCCGUGGCCCGGUGCGAUGGUUGAUUCUUUGCCUGCAACUACCCCCUCAGACUGUGCAGUUUCAUAUAUCAUCCGUGGCCAUGAUUCCAGAGGCAAGUUUGAUAGGAAACGAGCCGAGUCUCUGAAUAUUGCGGACAAGUCAGACUUUAGAAGACUUGCUACCGGAGAAACUGUGAUAUCAGUAGAUGGCAAGACGAUUACCCCUGACAUGGUCCUUGGAGAGAACAGGCCAGGCAAAGGAUUCGCCGUGCUAGAGCUGCCUUCAGUCGACUAUAUUCAGGCCAUUGUCAAUCGAAAGGAAUGGGAGAAUGCUGAAAUAAUGAAGGGAAUGGAAGUCUUUGUUUGGAUCCUUGGUCCCGGUGUCGGCGGCCACCCUCUCCUCCAGGAAUUCGUGGCGAAGAUGUCCAAAUACAAACAUAUUGUCUCAUCGCCCGAUUACUGCCCAGACAACUACGGCUUCCCAGCAGUGUCUAACGCUACUGUUGAAUUUUCAGCUAUCGAUGCUGACCGCUACCAGAAGACAAUCUGCAAUAACAAGGCAAUGUCGCCCGUCAAUGACUUUGUUGCAACAGACACUAAAACCUCCAUCUCCAUUGCCCGGCCUAACCUGACAAUUGAUCUCGAGCCUAGCGUUAAGCUUACAACUAGCUCAGCGCUGCCCCCGAAGCCGAUUAAGAUGUCACGGAGAAACAGCUACUCUAGAGUUAUGGGCGAGAUACUCUCUCAGCCAGGGGUACAAAAGAGGAUUGAGAAGCUAAAGGAAAGCAUUCCCAACGGGGAUGCUGAAAUAAUCGCCCUUGGAACCGGCUCGUCCUGUCCGUCCCGGUACAGAAACGUAUCCGGGACAUUUUUGCGAGUCCCAGGCCAUGGUAACUACCUGUUUGACGCAGGUGAAGGUACCCUCGGCCAGCUGAAGCGUACUUUUGGACCCGAGGAACUGAAAGACGUUCUUCGUGAUCUCAAAGUUAUCUGGAUCAGUCAUUUGCAUGCAGACCAUCAUCUAGGAACUGUCUCAGUUAUUAAAGCCUGGCACGAAGCUGUUUACGGAAAUUUGCCUAGCACGGCCUCCUACAUGGACAUUACUGAGGAGGAUGUACCUAAGAUGCUAAGCGAGAAGAGACUCUACGUUGUCUCGGCCCAGCAUAUGCUGCAGUGGAUGGCCGAGUACACAAAUGUCGAAAACUACGGAUAUGAUAAAGUCGUCCCCCUAUCUGCCUCCUCUUUUGAACAUCCCGACGGUAAGAUAGAUUAUACGUAUACUAUCCAUCGCCGCCAGAGGAACGGUGCCGCCAUCUCAGACAAGGAUGGGAAACACCUUGGAACACGGCUGAAAUUCGAUGACGCGAAUUCUCCUGUCACAAAGCUGCUAAAACAAGGCACUGGACUAGAUGCCAUUCUCACGACUCCGGUAUCCCACUGCCAGGGUGCAAAGGCAGUAUCUCUUGUCUUUCCAACAGGAUUCAAAGUUUCGUACUCGGGAGACUGUCGCCCAUCAACUCGCUUCAUCGACAUUGGCCGUGGCUCGACCGUUCUGAUUCAUGAAGCUACCUUUGACGACAACAUGAUAUCUGACGCAGUUGCUAAGCGCCACUCAACCGUAAGCGAAGCCAUGACGGUUGGUCUCAGGAUGGAAGCCAAAGUUAUUGUCAUGACACACUUUAGUCAGCGGUAUCGAAAGAUGCCUGACAUUGCGAAUGCAAAGGAAGUACAUAUACAGCCACCGAAGGGAUGGAACAAUAGGGGAAAUAAUGCAGCGGAUAAGAAACCACGUCAAGCUCCAUCGGUUGUCCGUGAUAUUCCUACCUCAGAGGAUGUAGAGGAAGACUACACAAUGGCUGAGGGUGCAGCAGGGAAAACAUCUCGCCCAGCAUCCCGCUCUAGGCCAAAAAGCCCGUCUUCUUCCGCCAACAAUCCUCCUAUCGUGCUUGCAUUUGACCAUAUGAGAUUGCGUGUGGCAGACGCCAUACAGGCAGAAGCCCACCAGCCUCUCCUGACCAAAUUCCUCGAAACCACAUCGGACGAAUGA